AGAGUUUUCCUACGCCCACCUCUCCGUUUGUCAUGCCCUCGCAAUUGUUUCUUAUCGGCCGCCCUAAAGGGCAAAGAAAAAAGCCCCGAUAAGAUGUUUCAGCGGAAUCGCAUAAAAAGACACGGGCGCGGAAACGCCGCAAUUCCCAUUAGUCUGGAUCGCAUUCAUCAUGUUUCAGGUUCUACUUCUCACCUGCCUGGCAGGUGCGGCCUCGGCCGAGUACGUCACCCUGGAGCAGAACACGAACCUGGUGGCACAGCGCCACGACCGCGGCUUGAUCGUCACGCCUGGGUUCCGCACCGGCGGCAACGCGCCCCCAAACUUCGCGGGAGCAAUCACUAUCCAGGCGCCGAGAGGCUUCAGCCGAGUGCGGUUGGACUUCGCGGACUUUGACCUGGAGACAAGCGCCCAGUGUAGCGGUGAUUAUCUCUCCAUAUUGGAGCCAGAAGGUACUCAUUGGGUGCAGGUAUCCCGCCUGUGCUCGGACCAGAGACCCAAGCCGUACCUGAGUGACGGAAGGCAGCUCAGGCUGAAGUUCAUCACGGACGACCUGAAGAGCAGCAGGGGCUUCAAUAUAAGCUUCCGGGCCACGAACGACCGAUCCCUGUGCAACGCGGCGCGAGAGUUCCAGUGCUCCGACACCCGGUGCAUCCCGUCAUCCAAGCGCUGCGACGGCCGCUUCGACUGCCAAGACGCCUCGGACGAGUUGUCCUGCGGAGCCCCGGUCUACGAGAGAUACCUGAAGCAGGCAGCCUGCGGCGACCCGGCCAUCGAGCCCAACACCGCGCCAGGAGACCGCAUUGUGAACGGACACGAAGCCGUGCCCCACAGCUGGCCCUGGCAGGUCAGCAUCCAGCUGGCUAUCGUAAAACCAUCCGGUCACUUCUGCGGAGGAGCCCUCGUAGAAAACAACUUUGUCGUCACAGCCGGUCACUGCCUCCGUGACCGCAGACCUGAGGAGAUUGUGAUAAAGAUUGGUGCCCACGACCUCCUCAACGACGACGGGGUGCAGUACCGAAAGGCUCAAGCAUUCAGCAUACACCCGAGCUACAGCGAGAGAGAUAUGUCCUACGACGUGGCCGUGAUCAAGCUCGACAUGCCAGUCAACUUCACGGACACCGUGAGACCUGUUUGUCUUCCUGGAACGGGCGCCACUCUUCCGAGGAACACCACCUGCUUCAGCACCGGCUGGGGACAAACGAGAGGCACGGGCCACUCGACGCAGCUGAAGCAGACUCGCCAAGUGGUGCAGAGUUUUGACGCUUGUGAGGCCGUCCGGCUAAUCCAACCGGUUCUGCAGGCCAACAACGUGGUGUGCGCCAAGGACGAAUCCGAGUCCAGCGGACCGUGUCACGGCGACAGCGGUGGCCCCUUCGUCUGCCAGAACAAAGGGACCGGACGCUGGUUUCUGCACGGCAUGACAAGCAUGGGCGUAGACAUUACCUACUCGAGUGCCAUCUGCGGGAUCGGCAGCUCGGCUAUCUGGAGCAGCACCAUCGCCUUCAGCUCCUACAUAAGCCGAGUCUUGAGACUCCUCUGAUGGUGCACGGCUCCGUCACCCUGGGCGCUUGCUUCGGUCGCGGCUGCAGCAGGCUUCGGGGACUGUUGCUGCCAGUCGGCGUCUCAAGAUUGAGCGUUUCUUUACUUGACCUGACAAUAAAGCAUUUAAGCUUUAA